AUGCGGCCAGCACCACUCGAGAGAUCGCGGCUCUGCGACGCCUGCACCCACGCAUGUUCCAUGUCCAUUGUUGGCUGUACACCAUAUACCUGUCAAACCCACAGAUCCCGAUUCACCAGCAAAGAGCAAAAUUCCUAUCACAGAAGUUGGGAUGUUCUGAACGACGUAUCAAGAUGGGCAAAGUGGUCAAAGACAAAGCGAGACUUUGUCGCAGAAACAAGUUCAUCGGGGUGUCAUCUUUGCAUAAUAAUCGCACACGCCUUUGAUGAAAAGUCGAAAGAGACAUUUCAGAGUCUGGGUAGUGACGAGGUUAUUCGGCUUUGCUUCAAGUAUCGCACUGUUGAGCGAGAUCCAAGUGGAAAGUUGGAUUGGGAUGAGAGGACGAGCAUGGCGAUUACCGAUAUUGCGUUGGGAAUUGAUCUUCCCGAUGAGUUCUGGUUGGCGAUCAGGUCGGACAGAGGGUCAGUGUUGGACGAGGUGGCGUUCGAUCUGCGAAUACGGCCACUUCAAGAAACGGAUACGAGCCAUGUAAUCAAGACUAUCCCUGGCAGACACGCUUCGACAAUGAACGAUCAGAACUUGCAGCUUGCGUUGAAAUGGAUUAAAGGCUGUACUCGCUCACAUCCCAUAUGCAAAGAAUUCCAACCGCGACAGUCGAAUUGGCGUCCAACGAGACUUAUCCAUGUCGGGUCAAAAUCUCAACAACCUCGACUAGUCAUUCCAUCAGAAGUAGUUAAUUACAUUGCUCUCAGUUACUGCUGGGGAACCGACAACACUGUCACUCUCACUGAAGCAACACUCGCUCCAUUCCAGAAGGAAAUCCCUCUGGUGAGCUUACCAACCACCAUCCGCGAUGCAAUCACUACAACAAGAGAUCUCGGCUAUGAUUAUUUAUGGGUAGAUGCUCUCUGCAUCGUUCAAGACUCCAAACCCGACUGGAUCAAGGAGUCCUCACAGAUGGGUAGCAUAUACGGUUCAGCAGCUCUGACCCUCGCCGCAGCUGGCACAUCAAGUGUACAAGACUCAAUAUUCUGCCGUCGAGAUCCCCGCGCAGUAAGACCAUGCAUCGCAAACAUCAUGCACAGCGCUUCCUAUCACGGUGUGAGCUACCCAUGGGCUAUAUAUCCGCACCAACCCGAGCGCCUACUAUUCGAUACCAUCAACGAGAGUCCUUUGAGCCGUCGAGCUUGGGCCUUACAGGAGCUUUUGGUAUCACCGCGGACUUUGGUGUUUGGAUCGAAACAAAUGGUUUGGUCGUGUGCGACGACAGAAGCAAGUGAGACGUUUCCAAUUGGCCUGGAUCCCAAGUUCAGUUCUAUAUUGAACGAGAGUGCAAGUUUGUCGUAUCUUCGCCAACAGCUCAUGAGAGCUUCGAAGUUGCAGCAAGAACCGUCGGAUUUUUGGAACGACUUUAUUAGCAGAUACACCAAAGCUCAACUUACUUUUCGUUCCGACACACUCGUUGCACUACAAGGCAUCGUCGAAAGAAUCGUCGAAGCGAGACGUGGAUCGAACAAACGUUCACGGGAGCUGGAAUACGUCGCUGGUCUGUGGCGGGACACGAAUUUCCAGCAGAGCCUCUUAUGGCGUCCCAAGGCUGGAUCAUCACCCAACCGACCAGAUUGUUAUCGCGCUCCGUCGUGGAGUUGGGCGUCGCUGGACGGCGAGGUCGAUUUCUUUGAGCAAUACAUACCGUGGAUUUGGAAUGGGAAGAAAGUUGAGCUUGCAAGGAUCUUGGACAUCUGCGUGGAGCCUCAGACUGGUUACUCGAUUUCGACAACUGGUCAGAUCAAAGCGGGAUUUAUUGAGAUGGAGUGCCAUUUGCGGGAAUGCUACUUGAUGAAAACUCCACAAUCCGACGACACAUCAAACAAUCGAGUGGAUGAUGAAUAUCUAAUCAUCUCCUCCAAUAAGUAUAAUAAGAUUUCGGGAAACGCUUGCAUCAAAGAACCCACGGAAGGAGCCCAACAGGUACACAAAUUCGCCAACUCCUGCACUAUAGACCUCCCAGACGAAAUACCAUCUUCUCAGUGGAUUCGGGUUUACUGCGUUCCUCUGCAAUUAGGUUGGUGUCAAACCGAUCGCUACGAGCAGUCCGUCUGGGAGAGCUACGAAGGCUUAAUCCUUGUCCUCAAUGACGCAGAAGAGGACGACCUAUUGACAUCUGAAGGUUUUUGUGUCGUCUCUCGAACCUUUCGUCGUAUUGGCACAUUUACUUUCGAUCUUCAUGAUGACAAUAGAGAAGCGCGAGAAGAUGAACUUUUAGGACCGCUGGUGUUUGAUAAGGAGGGGAAUUGGGAGAGGAAAAGGGAAACAGUCUGUAUCGUUUAA